UUCAUUUAUCCUCAAUAUUCAUUUCCAUCCACUUGUGGGGACAAUCAGGAACCCUAGAUUCCUCUGUUUCUUCAAAAAAACCGAAGUUUCGUUUUUGUUCGUUUUUGAUGACCAGAAACCCUAGUUUCUCCCAUUUUCUUCCAUCUACUAAACUGAAUUUUAUCUCUCAUUUUCUAUCCUCGUUGUUGUGUAAUUCAAAUGUUCUUUGUUGAUUGAUUUUGGCACUGUUUACAAAUCCUCUUAAUUUCCUUCUUCUUCUCACUCAGUGUUCAGUUUUGGGGUUUUGCUGUGUUCAUUAGGAUUUGUGUUUAAAUUUUGCGAAAUGGAUAUGAUUCUAGAUUCCUAUGAUUUUGAGGCUUAGUUUUUAUUUUUGUAAUAUCUUCACUGCUGAGUCCAUCAGCCAUCGUCCUUCUUCUUCUUAUUAUGUGUUUUAUUUUAGGUUUUUCUGUGUGCUUAUCUGAUUUCCAGAGCAUCUUCGGUUUGAAUUGCAUUUUCUUCUUAUUCACUGUUUGAGUUUUAAGUUUUUUUAGUGUGUUCUUCACUGAUCGCUAGUUUUUCCAACCUUGAAUUUACAGAAAUGAAUCCCAACCCUAAGGCUUACCCUGUUCUCUCUUACGUGAUGGGACAAUCGUCUAAUCAGGCUAUCAGUGGUGAUUCUGAUACUGUACAAGUUGAAAUUCAAGGUUCUGACACUAAUGUCGAGGAGCAGAUGCCUAAUCUGAAGAAUCCUAAGAUGCUUGCUUCCAUGACAGACUCUGUUUCAAAUGUUGCGCAGGCUCGAAAGGUUCUUGAAGGGCUUGGUGAGAGGCCUGACCAUGAGACCUUGGACAUGGCACAUGCGAAAAUUGAAGAAAUUGAUUCAAAGCUUUCAAAGCAGCUUGAAGAGAUCGUCUUGGCCCCUCAACCAGAAGGUGUUGAACAGAUGGAGUGGAGAGCACAACAGGCACAAAAAGAGAAGCAGUGUCGACAGGCUGCAGAGAAGGAGAAGUAUCCUUUUAAAGCUAUCAUUCAGCUUGAUGAAAUGCACCAAGCAUAUGAGCAGCUACUGAGGGAUGAAGAAGAGAAACUGGUGAAGAUGUAUGAAUCGGCAGAGGAGAACUCUGAAUUUUUGCCUGCUAAAGAUGAGGUAAAUGAGGAAGUCAUUAACAUUCUUCAAGAGGCUUCACAUAAAAAUGUGGAGAAGGUCGUCCUUUCUGGGCGCCUGCUGAGGUUUCUUCCUGAGGCUUUUGGUAGACUUCGUAACUUAGUCAUUCUGGAUCUCUCAAGCAAUCAGCUAGAGGUUAUUCCUGAUUCUAUUGCUGGGCUUGAAAAAUUGGAGGAACUUUACCUCUCUUCCAACCAGCUUGUCUCGCUGCCAGAUUCCAUUGGUCUUUUGCUUACUCUGAAGAUACUAGAUGUUUCAGCAAACAAACUUAAGGCACUCCCUGACAGCAUUGCAUAUUGCAGAUCUUUGGUAGAGUUGGAUGCAAGCUUCAAUCAGCUGACAUUUUUACCAACAAACAUUGGAUAUGAGUUGGUGAAUCUCCAAAGGCUCUCUGUCCAUCUCAACAAGAUACGAUCUUUGCCAUCUUCGGUUUCUGAGAUGAGGUCCCUGAGGCAUUUGGACCUCCACUUCAAUGAGCUUCGCUCGCUACCUCAAUCUAUAGGGAGACUUACAAAUCUCGAAUACUUGAAUCUAAGCAGCAAUUUCAGCGAUUUAACUGGACUGCCUCUUACAAUUGGGGACCUGACUAAUCUCAAAGAGCUCGACCUCAGCAACAAUCAGAUCCAUGCUCUUCCUGAUACCUUUGGUCGAUUAGAAAAGCUAACCAAGCUCAACUUGGACCAAAAUCCCCUAGUUAUUCCACCUAUGGAGAUUGUAAACCAAGGGGUUGAAGCUGUUAAGGAAUACAUGGCAAAGAGAUGGCUCGAUAUUCUAUUGGAGGAAGAACGUAAGAGCAUGGUUCAAGAAAACAACCAAGCACAGACUGGUUGGCUGAUUCGAAGCACUUCAUGGCUGAAUAAUUUUGUCCACGGAAUUACAGGGAAUGUUGCAGAGUAUUUGGGAACAGAAGGGAAAUCGCCAAGAGAUCCUUAUCUUGAUCAGCAAUUAUAAACUUCUACCAUUUGAUUUGUUGGCACCUUUACUUUUGAGUUUCUCAGUGGUUUACACAGGGAGAUGGAACUCGUGAAUGAGUCCAGGCAAGUUGGUUCUAACCUUGGCUUCAUGGUCAGCUUCAUGUUCAGUUUACUUCCAUUUAAGGAUUUUCUAUGGUAUAUUUGUGAAUUAUACUUCUGUUUAGUCUACUUCCUUUCAGGAUUUUCUGUGUGGGUACAUUUGUGAAUAAUACUUGGCUAAAAUGGUGCUGAUGGUUUUGCAUUCUUUGUAGCAUGAACCUACUCUGCCGUUUAUUCUUCUCUACGUUCAAUUAUAAUUUUCGAUAUGUAAUGGUUACUAGAAAAGGAGAAUCAUCAUUCCUUCA